GCCGCAGCGACCAGCGACCUGCGGAUGCUCAACGCGCGCCACAAACUGUCCCCCCCGCACAGAGGCUGCCGGGCCGUCGGGGAGCCAGAAGCACCAGGCUGCCCAGAUGCGGGCUCCACUUUGCCUGCUGCUGCUCCUCGCCCACGCAGUGGACAUGCUCGCCCUGUACCGAAGGAAGAAGCAAGCAGGCACUGGUCUGGGGGGCAACUGCACGGGCUGUGUCAUAUGCUCCGAGGAGAACGGCUGUUCCACCUGCCAGCAGAGGCUCUUCCUCUUCAUCCGCCGCGAAGGUAUCCGUCAGUACGGCAAGUGUGUGCAUGACUGUCCCCUCGGCUUCUUCGGAAUCCGUGGCCAGGAGGCCAACAGGUGCAAGAAAUGCGGGGCCACAUGUGAGAGCUGUUUCAGCCAGGACUUCUGUAUCCGCUGCAAAAGGCGGUUUCACCUGUACAAAGGGAAGUGCCUGCCCACCUGUCCACCGGGCACCUUGACCCACCAGAGUACCCGGGAGUGCCAGGAAGAGUGUGAGCCGAGCCCUUGGGGCAACUGGAGUCCCUGCAUACACAAUGGGAAGACCUGUGGCUCAGGAUGGGGUCUAGAAACCCGGGUCCGGGAAGCUGGCCCGGCCAAGCAGGAAGAGACGGCGAGUUGCCGAGUGUUAUCUGAGUCCAGGAAGUGUCCUAUAAAGAGGCCCUGCCCCGGAGAAAAAAAUCCCAGGCAGAAGAACAGGAAGGAUCGACGCCAGCGCAAGGACAGGAAGUUGGAGCGCAGGCCACACCAGCGUGGCUCACAGUGA